AUGUCAGUAGCAAAUAAUUUUCCAUUUCAACAAGCUUUAUUUAAUUAUAUAUUAAUAAAAGAAACUGAAAAUUUAAAUAUUUUAAGAGAUGAAAAAUUGAUUAAUAAUAAAAUUGGAGUUGUAUUAGCAUUUAAUGGAUGGAAAAACAUUUUAAAAUAA